GGGCUCACCGUUUUUCUUCAUCAGUCUCGCGGAACGGCAGCAGCACAAAACGUCAUUCACUCUCAUUUUUAUAUUUUUCCAACCAACCAGUCGUCGCCUACCGAAAGUGUUAAUUUUCGUGCUUUUCCGGGAGUUAAACCGCGUCCCGGGUGUCCGCCACGGUCUGCCAACCGCUCGUAGUCGCGAAAUGUGCUGAUAUCGAUUGGAAUCCGAUCCCCCCAGAGUCCGAAUAUUUUUGUGAUAUUAGCGUUUAGCCAGGCGCGCGGAAGGUCGGAGGAGCAGCAGAAAGGUGCAGAGCAGUGUUCUCCCGUUUUUCCAUUCAUCAUCAAAACAACACCAUUCUGGACCACUGUGCAGUGUGUGAGUGAGCAGCAGCGUUGUGAAAAAUAUAAGGAAGGAAGCAAACACGAGAAAAUUACAUAAAGAAAACCGAAAAGGAAACCCGGAGGAUUUUCUGCGAGGUGCUGCCUGGUUCGCGCGGUUGCGGGGAAAAACGGAUUAAAACAGCUGACCGGUUAUUCAACUGCGUGAACCGCAAGAGGACUGGCCGGAGUUUAUCCUCUCCGUCGCGUUCCCGUUCAGCAAAUUCUCUGAGGAACCCAAGAGGAAGGGCACUGCCUGUGUGCGUGUGACGAAGCAGAAUGUCCACUCCUGCCCGUAGACGUCUGAUGCGAGAUUUCAAAAGACUCCAGGAAGACCCACCGACCGGAGUUUCCGGUGCUCCCACAGAUAACAACAUCAUGAUCUGGAAUGCCGUAAUAUUCGGCCCACACGACACACCGUUUGAAGAUGGCACCUUCAAACUGACGAUAGAGUUCACUGAGGAGUAUCCGAACAAACCGCCAACCGUACGCUUUGUAUCAAAGAUGUUCCACCCGAACGUGUACGCAGAUGGCGGUAUCUGUCUGGACAUUCUACAGAAUAGAUGGAGUCCAACGUAUGACGUUUCCGCUAUUCUAACUUCCAUACAGUCACUACUUAGCGAUCCUAAUCCUAAUUCACCUGCAAACUCAAUGGCGGCACAACUAUAUAAGGAAAACCGCAGAGAAUACGAAAAGCGAGUAAAAGCAUGUGUCGAGCAGAGUUUUAUCGACUAGCCCCUUUCUCCCGCAAAGUGUCGUGCCCUUCGGUGUAAGAAUCCUCGUGUAGGGAACCUUCAUUACGGCCCUAACUUCCUUUCACUUUCCCGUCGCUGUUUCCCGGUGUCUUUUCCGUUCAGUUAAAAUUUGGACAGUCCAAUGGUAGUCUUCAAAUCUGCGAAUCAUUUCCAUAUUUUAACUAGAUCUUCUCUUCUGCGAGUAGAAGCUAUUAGUAGCAGACGGCGUCAAAACACAGCUGCGAACACCUAUCCGAGAACUCAAAAAAUGCCAGCCACAAAAGAUAACUACUAACCGCAAGUACUAAUAAAGGAAAAUAUUAAAAUCGUACAGUUAUGAGAAAAUAUUACGCUGUAAAAACAUUUAUUUGACAUUGUUCCCUUUCGGCAGAUGUUAAGACGAACAGAAAAAAAAGUUAAUAUAAAUAAUAAAACCAUACAUAAAUGUACCGACUACAAGGUGUUUAAUAUUAAUAAACAAAUCCUACAAUGAUAUGUAUGACCACACUCUCACACACACACGCAAGAUAACUACUGCAAAAACAAAAAAAGAAAAUUAUCAAGGAUAACAGUGAACACUAAGUAGAAGAAAAAUCGGAUGACCUACUUUCAAGAAACACUUACUGAAGUGAAAUGUGAAAUAAUAAAAUUCAAGUCUUAUUUAAACCAUAAAAGUUUAAUUUAAAAGUAAACUUAUUGUACUGCAAAAACUCAAGAAAAAAAAUAGUAAAAUAAAGCAUAUGAAAAAUGUCA